GGGGCGGGCCCAGUGCGUGGCAGCAGCCGGCGGCCCCAUCGCGAAGUUUCCAGUCCUGCGUGCACCGCCGGCCCGGCGGGCAGACCGUCCUCGGACCCCGCCAUGCGACCCCUGCUGCUCCUGGCCCCGCUGGGCUGGCUGCUCCUGGUCCCCGCGGAGGGCGACGCGAAGCCGGAGGACAACCUCCUCGUCCUUACCGUGGCCACAAGAGAGACUGAGGGCUUCCGCCGCUUCAAGCGCUCAGCCCAGUUCUUCAACUACAAGAUCCAGGCCCUGGGGCUGGGGGAGGACUGGAGUGUGGAGAAGGGGGCGCCGGCAGGUGGCGGGCAGAAGGUCCGGCUGCUGAAGAAAGCUCUGGAGAAGCACGCCGACAAGGAGGACCUGGUCAUUCUCUUCAUAGAUAGCUACGAUGUGGUGUUUGCCUCUGGGCCCCGGGAACUCCUCAAAAAGUUCCGGCAGGCCCGGAGCCAGGUGGUCUUCUCGGCUGAAGAGCUCAUCUACCCGGACCGCAGGCUGGAGGCCAAGUAUCCGGUGGUCUCCGACGGCAAGAGGUUCCUGGGCUCUGGAGGCUUCAUCGGUUAUGCUCCCAGCCUCAGGAAACUGGUGGCCGAGUGGGAGGGCCAGGACAGUGACAGUGAGCAGCUCUUUUACACCAAGAUCUUCUUGGACCCAGAGAAGAGGGAGCAGAUCAAUAUCACCCUGGACCACCGCUGCCGAAUCUUCCAGAACCUGGACGGAGCCUUGGAUGAGGUGGUGCUCAAGUUUGAAAUGGGCCACGUGAGAGCGCGGAACCUGGCCUAUGACACGCUCCCGGUCCUGAUCCACGGCAACGGGCCCACCAAGCUGCAACUGAACUACCUGGGCAACUAUAUCCCUCGGUUCUGGACCUUCGAGACGGGCUGCAUCGUGUGUGAUGAGGGCCUUCGCAGCCUCAAGGGCAUUGGGGAUGACGCUCUGCCCACGGUCCUGGUCGGGGUGUUCAUUGAGCAGCCCACGCCGUUCCUGUCCCUGUUCUUCCAGCGGCUCCUGCGGCUCCGCUACCCACGGAAACGGAUGCGGCUUUUCAUUCACAACCAUGAGCAACACCACAAGGCCCAGGUGGAGCAGUUCCUGGCAGAGCACCGUGACGAGUACCAGUCGGUGAAGCUGGUGGGCCCCGAGGUGCGGCUGGCCAACGCCGACGCCAGGAACGCGGGCGCAGACCUGUGCCGGCAGGACCGUGCCUGCACCUACUACUUCAGUGUGGACGCAGACGUGGCCUUGACGGAGCCCGACAGCUUGAGGCUGCUGAUCGAGCAGAACAAGAACGUCAUUGCCCCUCUCAUGACCCGCCAUGGGAGGCUGUGGUCCAACUUCUGGGGGGCACUGAGUGCAGACGGCUACUACGCCCGCUCUGAGGACUACGUGGACAUCGUGCAGGGGCGACGUGUCGGUGUCUGGAAUGUGCCCUACAUCUCCAACAUCUACCUGAUCAAGGGCAGCGCCCUGCGGGCUGAGCUCCAGCACACGGACCUGUUCCACCACAGCAAGCUGGACCCAGACAUGGCCUUCUGCGCCAACAUCCGGCAGCAGGAGGUGUUCAUGUUCCUGACCAACCGACACACCUUCGGCCACCUGCUUUCCCUGGACAGCUACCAGACCGCCCACCUCCACAAUGACCUCUGGGAGGUGUUCAGCAACCCUGAGGACUGGAAGGAGAAGUACAUCCACGAGAACUACACCAAGGCCCUGGCAGGGAAGCUGGUGGAGACGCCCUGCCCCGAUGUCUACUGGUUCCCCAUCUUCACUGAGGCAGCCUGUGACGAGCUGGUGGAGGAGAUGGAGCACUUUGGCCAGUGGUCGAUGGGCGAUAACAAGGAUAACCGCAUCCAGGGCGGCUAUGAAAAUGUGCCAACCAUCGACAUCCACAUGAACCAGAUCAACUUUGAGCGGGAGUGGCACAAGUUCCUGGUGGAGUAUAUCGCCCCCAUGACGGAAAAGCUCUACCCCGGCUACUACACCAGGGCCCAGUUCGACCUGGCUUUUGUCGUCCGCUACAAGCCGGAUGAGCAGCCCUCGCUGAUGCCACACCAUGACGCCUCCACCUUCACCGUCAACAUUGCCCUGAACCGGGUGGGGGAGGACUACGAGGGAGGGGGCUGUCGCUUCCUGCGCUACAACUGCUCCAUCCGAGCCCCAAGGAAGGGCUGGACCCUCAUGCACCCCGGGCGGCUCACGCACUACCACGAGGGGCUCCCCACCACGAAGGGCACCCGCUACAUCGCCGUCUCCUUCGUGGAUCCCUAGCCGGCCAAACCUGGCGCUCUCAGAGGAUCCUCUGCUGACAACCACUCCCCAGCAGCCCCUGGGGCCUCGGGUCCUGGAACCUGCUUCAGCCUCCAGGCUCUUGACUUCCUCUUGCUCCUGGAACUGCUGGUCACCAGUCCGAGAGAUCAAGAGAUCUUGACGGCAAGCCAGAGACAAAGCAGCCCUUGGGGCGGGGCUUUCUGUGGCGCUACAGUCCCAGCCCCGGGAGACACUGAUCACUUUCCUGUUUUGUGACUCAUCCUCCCAGAAAAACCCAGCCCCUCGUCCUCCAGUUCUUCCACAGGGCAGGACUUGAGCAGAACAGGGCCACCCGUGCUGCUCACAGACUCCGACCGGCCGGAGAAGACGCACCCCAGGGCUCCUCAGGUGGAGCUGCUGCUUCACGGGUUCUACUGAAAGCUUUGGGGUGACCCAGAGACCGGAACAGAUGCAGGCUUCUCCCUUCAGCCUGGGACCUGGGAAACCCCUUCCUCCUGGCUCCUGUCUUGAGAGCCAAGCUUUGUCCCCUGGAGAGAGCAACUCAGAAAAUCUCUCAGGGAACAGAAGAGACAUCUGUGCCACAGCCGGAUCCUCUACUUGACCUUGCUCGGGGGAGGGAAGGGAUGUGUCCACACUGCACUGGGCCCCCGUGUCCCACUGCCUCUGGAGAGAGGGACCAUCAGAAACAGGACAGUUCUAUUAAACGGUUGUUCAGACCGCUGGAUGGGAGGCCCUUGGUGUGGGCGAGUGUGCAGGUGUUGAGGGGAGCCAGGGGUGGGGUUCGAAGCCCUGGUUCAUUCCCAAACCCGGGGCCCCGUGACUUCCUUGGCAUUUAUAAACUCCAGGAUCCCUUUUCGGUGAGCCGGGCGCUGGCUCUCUGGGGCCCCUUCUUCAUCUGUCAGGACCUGCGUCAGAUGUCACCUUCUCUCUGGAACCUCUGCUGACUACCCUUCCUACAAGCGUGAACUCGGGAGAAGCGGAGAUCUGGUGCCCCACCCGGGCAUCUUCUGAUUAUACUUGAGGGAACACAUGAGCGCCAGGAGCUGCAUCUGUUCACGCCUUGCUGUGGCUGGGUGUCAGGUGCUCAGCACGCAGCCUGCUGGGGUAGGGGCUGUUUCCUCUUUGUAGAUGGGGAAACUGACUCAGAGAAGCCAGGUAAUUGGCCCAAGGUCACACAGUAAGUCAGUGGUAGGGACAGGGAGGGAUUUCAAUUAUUUUGCCAGUUGAAACACUUGUCCCCAAGGUACUGGUGGGCAACAGGGGCAGAAAGAACCAAAUACAGUUUGGUAAUAAAUGUCACAGUGGCUCUGAGAAUAAAUGGGGCAGGAGCCAGAGAGACCAGUCAGCUAGUAUACCCCAAUGCUCUCAACUAAGGGUCAUUUUGCCUCGUAGGGGACAUCUGGCCAAGGCCAAAGCCUUUUCUGGUUGUCACAGUUGCAGAGGGGGUGUCUCUGGCAUCUAGCAGAUAGAGCCUAGGGUGCUUCUAAGCAUUCUACAGGCACAGGGCAGCCCCAACACCACCACCAAAAACACAGACUCAUCCAUCCCAAAAUGUCACUAUCAGGAGGCUGAGGAAACCCAAUGGCUCUUAGACUGGACCUUAAACAGGGAGCAGGGCUCUAUCAGACAGAGACCCUCACAGCCUGGAGAAUGCAGGUUGGUUGGUGGGCAGGUCAGAUUACAAAGGCCUGUUCCCCAGGUGUCUUUGUCUGUUUUCUGUUAUUAUAACAGGAUACCAGAGAUUAGGUGAUUAUAAAGAAUAGAGGUUUCAUGAGCUCACAUUUCAGGAAUCUGGGAAGCCUAAGAUCAUGGCACCUGCAUGUGGUGAGGCCCUUCUUGUGGCAUCAUAACCCAGUUGGGGAGGUCAUCAUAGGGUGAAGGCCAGGAACUGUAGGCCACUAAUGCCAUCAUAGCGGCCCACCCUUAUGACUUCACUUACUCCUGAUUAUCAAGGGCCCCACCUCCAAAUACCAUUAACAUGACUUUCAGGAUUAAGUUUGCAACCCAUGAACAUUUGGGGGCACAUUCAAACCAAAGCACCAGGCUAUGGAGAGUUUGGGCUUUACCUGGGAGGCAGCUGGAGUCAUUUGAGGGUUGUGUGUAUGCCUUUUAACAAUUUUUAAGUUUUUUUAGUUUUUAAAAUUGGUACAUGAUAAAUCCAAACAGCAUAAUUUUGGGGGAAGGGGGUACUGAGAAUUGAAUCUA